CAGCCUGAGAUUAGAGACGUAUACAUCGCCGUGAUGGGCGGUCCAGGUGCUGGGAAGAGCGCUUUGAUCUCGAUGUGCGCAGGCAAAGAUGUGAAACCCUUGCAUGAUCCAAAGUCAGACAUCACCAAGGUUGAAGAUACCGCGUUUAUGUUAAAUGACCGAGUUCGUGUCCACCUCAUUGACACGCCAGGCUUUGGCCACGUUCUCCGUUCUGAUGUAGACAUUAUCCAAGACAUAGCCCUCUGGUUCAGCAAGUCAUUCGAACAGGGAAUUAGGAUGAGCGGCGUGGUCUUUCUGCAUCCCAUUAAUGGCGCCCAUAUGACCCGCUCUCAGCACCACAACCUCCUUAUGUUCCAGAAGCUGUGCGGAGAGAAAGCAUACCCAUCUGUCGUCCUCGCUACUACUAUGUGGAGCUUCAUUGAUACGACGAUAGCCAUUCAGCGAGAGCGAGAGCUCAUAGAGACGGAUGGGUUAUGGGGUAUUAUGCAUAAGAAGGGCAGCCACAUCUACCGGUUUGCUCAGACGCAUGAGAGCGGUCUCGAUAUCAUCCGGCAUAUACUCUCGUUUAACUCAACUAUUAUGCUUCAACUGCAAGAUGAGAUUAUCAACAAAAGCUGUCAAAUCAAGGACACCCAAGUGGGAAUGCAGCUUUGUGAAUACAUUAUUCGUGAGCACACGAAGUUUGAGGCUGAAUUACGA